AUGAAGGACUGUGAGGUGCUGAAAAAAUGGUUGCACAGCAUCAAAAACCAUGUUUACUGGAGUGCGAUUUCCUCUGAGUCUGGGCCAGAAAAGGUGGCGAAGUGGAAUUCACUGCAGAACCACAUCCAAAAUGUACAUGUUCAUGAGAACCACCUCUUCCCCAAGUGUGAACACCCAGACAAAGUUUCCAGGGAUCCAAAAAAAUGGAUCCAACCAGGAUCAAUAGCGCUCCAUAAAGUGGAAAAGCUAUUAUACAACAAGAGAGUUCUCAAGGAUAUAGAAAAGCUCAGCCACAACUUUCAGACGUCAUCACUGGAGGCUUUCCACAGUCUGAUUUUGCAUUUUGCCCCAAAGAACGUGAUUUUCCCUUUCAUAGGAAUGUUGUGCAGGCUGUAUCUUGCAGCAAUGCACUAUAAUGAAAAUGCUAACCGUGAGCAGGCAACAACAACAGCAAAGCCAGUGAAAAUAGAACCAACAUACAACUAUGUCGAUGACCUUAUGAGCCUUCUGUUACAUAAAGUCUUUGUGGACCCCAAGCCAUAUGCGGAAGAGCUGCAUGCAAUCCCCAUUCCACCUCCUCUGUCAUCACAGUAUGAAAAACCUUCCAAAGAAGAGGUGAUUGCCCAGCGUGUGUCACGAUUCAGUCGAGGGGUGGCCGGAACCCAACAUACUGUCCCGCUGGAUCAGGAAACUGUAGACGGAUCCGGUUAACAACACAUGAGGGGAUGACAACCCUCACACUACGUCCUAGGUAGCCCCAGCACCAGCAGACAAAGCUGCGAUAGGCCAGAUAACGGAAACGCCUAUGGCAGGAAUAGAAAACCUCAAUAUUGUGUAUAAAACCAGUGGUAUAUUGGAAACAUGUAUAUGUGAUGUGAAAAUAUGUUUGAUAAAAAUGUAUAUUUUGAUUAGUUUUUGUCUUUGAAUAACAUGUCUUGUGUAAAUAUAUAUAUUUUGUAUCUAUUGUCUUUUAUUUAUGUUCUUUUACACAACAUAAUUUCAUAAAAUUUAAUAAAUACUUACUCCUCUUCA